AUGAUUGAUAGUGUUGAACAAAUCACACAUUUGUCGAUUCGUUGCAGUUCACGGGAUGUGAUGACUACGAAAAAUAAACCAUCACAAUCGCCACCUCCGUUAACGAGAAUCUACUAUGUCGAUCUCGUAUUGAUUGGUCUCACCGUCAUCUUCGGCACCGUCGGUUUGCUGUUCCCGAAAGUUCCGUUGCUGAUUUGGCUUCCGUCGCUCCUUUUGCUCUGCUCGUCUUGUGUUUCAUUGUCAGCUUUGAUUUAUUUGAGUAAGGGUAUCGCACUUCGAUCACGUGAUAAUCUUCUUUUCUACAUAUUAUUGACGGUCGUGUUGAUAGUUUUUCGAAUAGUGUGCGCCAGCUUACUUCUGAUUGGAGUGUUCGUGCCGCAUGCUGUCACUUGGAUCAACAUCUCACUGGCUACGAUCUCACAAGCACAUGCUAUUUUUGGACUGAUAGCCGUCGGUAAAGUGACAUUUUUUCGACUCAGGCUGGAUAAGAGAAACACCUCGAAAGAUGCCAAGUUUUCACCUCAUCGGAUCGAAGAAAUUGCAAUCGUGAACCUCAGUGAUAGCCGCGUCACGUUGGUUACAAAUAUCGACGAGGGCGAACUGGUGCACUUUGACUCGUCAUGA